AUGGCGGCCAUGGCGGCUCCAAUGCUGCUGCUUUGUGUUUUGGGAGUUUUCGGAGCCAAGCAAAUCGGUGACCACAGUGACAUCAACGAGCAUCCUGCCCAGAGUGUCUCCAUAUUGCAGACGCAGAAGCAGACAGCCAUAGCAACGCUGAAAGCAUCUUGCAACGACACCGAGCUGGUCUGUCCGUAUUUAUCCUGGCUUCCGUUUGGAUAUGCCUGCGCCCCGCGCCACGUAGGCUGUCCGGUCAGCUGCUCCUCCGGGGAGCAUGUUUGCCACACUCCAUCGACUUGUGAGACUUGCGCUGCCGUGAACUAUUGCUCUAGCCAGCCGUGCCCAAUGGUAUGCGGGUUCGGGCAAACGAUUUGCUGCGAUCUCUCGGACAACAGCUUGUCUUGCGUGGACCUGGACGCAGGGUGCCCCAUCAAUUGCACAGAAGGCGCCUUCAGCUGCCAUGCGCCCCCAUCUUGUGCUGGAUGCGCUGGUGUGAAUUGGUGCUCCUCGAGCCCUUGUCCUGCCAACUGCGAUGCCAGCGAAACCUCCUGUUCUACGACGAAUUCGACCUUUUGCGUACCGUUUGAGCAGGGCUGCCCGGCCAACUGCUCCGAGCAGGAAUACUCUUGCCACAGCCCUGGCCGUGUGACUGGAGAGGCAGGCGUGAAUUGGUGCUCGAGCACCCCAUGCUCACCAAUCUGCAAUACUUCAGAGGUGGCAUGCGCACUCACAAAUGGGAGCGAGGUGUGUGUCGGAAGGGAGCAAGGCUGCCCGGUCUCGUGUGCAAAGCACGAGCAUCAGUGCUACGCGCCACCAACGUGCAAGAAUUGCACGGGACUCAAUUGGUGCUCGUCAGACCCUUGUCCGCAAAUGUGCGCAUCGCACGAAAUCUCCUGCUCCAGGCAUAAUGGCACCAACUUCUGCGUAAAGCGGAAAGAUGGCUGCCCAGCGAAGUGCUCCAAAGAGGAGCACGCUUGCCAUUGGCCGCCGCACCCUCCCUCGAAGCAAGCGUUCAAUUGGUGCUCCACGAAGAAGUGCCCAAAGGCAUGCGGUGCGACGGAGUUGGCUUGCGCAGAGGACGAUGGCAGUGGUAGUUGUGUGCCGCGAGCCGAAGGUUGUCCAGUCAAGUGCAAGAAGCACGAGCAUCAGUGUCACUCACCGCCCGCCCAUGCUGACGGCUCAGGCCGCAACUGGUGCUCCGACGUACCCUGCCCGGCGAACUGCAGCAAAGGUCAGGUGGCCUGCUUGGGCGCAGACGAGGCGUAUACCUGCCACAAUCGAACAGCUGGCUGCCCUGCGAAUUGCAGCAAGCGGCAGCAUGUGUGCCACAGUGCCCCAAAGGAUGAAUGUCCAGACUGCGUAGCAGUGAACUGGUGCUCCGAAGAGCAAUGCCCCGAAGCCUGUGCAGCAGACGAAAUCACGUGUCCGCCUCAUAAGGGCAGCGGUGCCUUCUGUCGGCGCCUUUCGCAGGGCUGCCCGGUCCACUGCAAAGCUUCGGAGCAUUCCUGCCAUGCCCCGCCACACUGCGCAGGCUGCAUGGGCAGCAACUGGUGCUCCGACAAGCCGUGCCCACUGUUAUGUGCUGCGGAUGAAAUGGAGUGCGUCGGCAGCAACGGGACGGAGUUCUGUGUUUUGGUCAGCGAGGGCUGUCCCGUCAGUUGCCGGGACGAGGAUUACAUCUGCCACAUGUCGCCGCAAUGCGCAGAGUGCGUUGGAACCAACUGGUGCUCUCCAACGCCUUGUGCAACCUCUGUUUGA